AUGGAAUCCUGGUUAGUCGACGUGAAACGCGUGCACAUUCCAAGGCCAAAGUUCGGAAGCAGCGGUAGAUGCUACGGCUACACACCUACCCACGGAGCCCCCCAAAGACUACGGAUGCGAAGACAGAGCCGUCGACGAGCUCAAGCUCAAAGGCGGCAACGGAAGCCUCUCCAAAGCCACAGAAGAACUGAGGAGAGCACUGCAAAAGCUGUAGCUGGAUAA